AUGGAGAAUAGUGGCUAUCUUUCAAUAUCGGAUAUCUUAGUUACCAAUGAGAAAAUUCCAUGCAAAUUCCUUCAUGAUUUACCAAAAAUGGGUUUCUUGGAUCCAUCGGCUUCAGAAGACGAUUUGAAAGCUGGAACAAAUGUAGAAAUACCACUGUGGUUAGCUGAAUCUUUACACUCAAGAAGGCCGCCAUUGGUUUCUGUGGACUUGCCUAAAAUUUAUAAAGAUUCGUAUAGAGAGAUUUUAAACGCUGAUGCUUGUACUGUAGAUAUGCACAAAUUAAGUCAAUAUUUUUAUGAAUUUGGAUGUUACAUAGCAAAGCAUGACAUCAAGGGCGAAGUUUCCAAUACUCUUAUCAAUACCUUCAGACAGAGAUUCAGAAUGUUAUUAGCGGCCAGUGUAUCAACAGAUUCAGUGGGGGCUAUUCAGCCUCUGUCGGUCAGUGAACGACUCCAAGCCGCUGCAGCUGCAACUACUGAGAAAGCCCUCUCAGAAUGGCUGCAGAGAGGAGACAGCAUACUCACUACUGCAAACAUGGUUGCUAACCAUAGAAAACGGAAAAGAGCUGAAAUGGAGAUGCAUUGA